CAAGAUGUUGCGACACAACCUUCCCUUGACGGGAAACGGGUGGUUCUACCUCAGGUGUCAUGGAUGUAUCUGUACCUUGUUUGGUCAUUGUUAGGUUUUAGCCAUAAAGAAGAAUGGAAUUGAUCUAACGAACAUUACACAAGAACCAAUAUUGACGCCAGUUUGCGAGUUGUCAUCAUGGUGUCUGCGAAAGAGGUCCAGCUGUUGGUGUUAUCUUGCCUCAUCUUUGCUCUACCCUCUACAGGAGAUCCUCUGGGGAAACCUCAGAAUCUGUCCUGCAUAGCAGUUCAGGAGGGAGAACGCAUCUCUCCAAAUAUCAGCUGUGUGUGGGAAACAGCAGGACGUCAAACCACAGAUGUCAAUACAACAUACACACUGAAUGUUGGAUUCCUUAGCGGUAUGUAUAAUGUGUCGACACCUGAGAAGAGUGCCACAGUGUCUGUGGGCCUUUUUCCCAAUCCAUCCCUGCUGGAUAUCUGGGUAGAGGCGCACAACACACUGGGAAAAGUAGAGUCUGAGCAUCUCAAAGAAGAGGCCAACUGGUUUGUGAAAACAAACCCUCCAUCAGAUGUCAGAGUCAUUUCAGAAAGGACUUUUCCCACCUCCCUUCUGAUAAAUUGGGCUCAUCCUAUUGAGGAAGUUUAUGUGAAAUUAACAUAUGAAAUCAGAUUCUGCCCAAGUGGAUCUCAAAAUUGGACUUAUGUACCGCUUGUGGACACUGCCAAAGGUAUACAGUGCUUGAGACUACAGAACCUUCAGCCAGACACAGUUUAUGACACCCAGGUGCGCUGCAAAAGUGCUUUAGAAGGUGGUUACUGGAGCAACUGGAGUACCAAUGCUACUGAGAGAACACCAGAGGACCGACCAAGAAGUAAACCGGAUUUAUGGAAAAUCAUCACUGUGGAUGAGAGCACAGCACGACAAGUGUGGUUUAUUUGUAAGGAUCCUGUGCUCUCCAACGGGAGGAUAAUAAGAUUUGACAUAAAGAUUCAAGACCACAUGGAUAGAGUCAAGAAAAGAAGUGGGGAGUUGGAGAGUAUCCCAGUCAACAGGUCGAAGGCAGACCCCAGCCCUAGCCAGCAGAAAAUCACUAUUCUUAAACAGAUUUCCCUGGAUGACAAGAAAUCCGUGGAAGUGUACGUCACUGCUGUCAAUUCUGUGGGAAAAUCUCCUGAGGCAUCGUUGGUCAUCACUGAAAAAGCAAAUGAGCUCCCUACAGUGAAAGACCUGAAAGUGCAGCGAAAUGGGGGCCAGCUGUGUCUGGAAUGGAAACCCCCUGCCAGACCUGUGUCAGAGUAUGUGGUGGAGUGGGUCAGUGGUAGUCCGAUAGACUGGGUCAGUGGUAGUCAGAUGGACUGGCAGAGGGAACAAGCAAGUACCACCAACACUGUCAUCAAAGGCAGCCUGGAGAAGUUUGUCAGUUACACUGUAUCUGUGUAUCCAUUAUACUCUGGAGUGACUGGGAAGCCAGCGAGUAAAGAAGCCUUUCUGGAGGAAGGAGUUCCAUUGAAAGGCCCAGCUGUUAAACUUAAAGGUAAACCAGGAUGUAACGAGGCAGAGCUGGUGUGGAACGAGAUUCCCCAACACAGCCGACGAGGCUUCAUCACAAACUACACGAUAUUCUACACAAGUGGGACCAAAACACACAACAUAACAGUGCCAGCUAACACCACCUCAUACACUCUGAAGUCACUGUCACGCAGCACCAAGUAUGAUACUUGGGUCAUAGCUUCAACCAUCCGAGGCUCAAAGAGAGGCUUUAAUCACUCAUUUACUACUCUGAAAUAUGGAACAGGAGAGAUCGAGGGCAUUGUGGUAGGAGUGUGCCUCAGCUUUCUGUUUGUUGUCCUACUCACCAUGCUGCUCUGUAUCAACAAAAAAGAUGUGAUCGAGGACAAUUUCUGGCCUCGGAUUCCAAACCCUGGAGAGAGCACCAUUGGAAACUGGUCUCCUGAUUAUCCUCUGAAAACAGAGACACCGAAGGAGAACUGUCUGUCUGGCAUCAGUGUGCUUGAUGUAGAUGUGUGUGAUGGAAAAUGUUGGCCGGAGGACGACAAGGCCAGUCUGCCUCUUAAGAAGGACAAGUACCUGUCUGAAGAGCACAGCAGCGGCAUUGGCGGCUCCUCCUGCAUGUCCUCACCUUGCCAGAGUGUGUCUGACAGUGACGAGGGUGGGGACAUGGCUGAUACCACAGCCAGUACCAUCCAAACCUUGAGCUCUCAACCACAGCAGGAUAUUUUUUCACGGUCUGAGUCGACACAGCCCCUGCUGGAUUCUGAGGAGAACCCGGACAUGUUGCUGCAGGAGGGCAGCAGACAGUCCCAGCAUUUCUCCCGACAGCCCAGCUUCACACACACUGCAGGGAAUGAAGACAGCGCAGAUCCUGCUGACUUCAACCAGCUGGAGAUGGAGCAGCAAGUACUGGAGCCUCUGGACUUCUGUCCUCUGGAAGAGGAGACGACACCGACAGACGGCCAGUCAGCUGACGGGCUGCCAGCGGCCCUAGUCUCCAGCUACAUGCCUCAGUUGGGUGGCUACAGGCCACAGUAAGAACACAGACAGACCAAGAUGUGUCAUCUAUGUGAAUGAUUCUGUGCCUUUGUUAAUGUCAAAUGUCUUUUUGAAGACUGUAUCAGUAUGUCUUUUGCGCUUACCCAGUUAAAAUAGUCGAGGAUGCUGGGGGAGAGUACUCUGUUAAGUGCAAUGUGAAUUAGAGCUUGUAGCAGUAGUUUGCUAGCUUUGCACUACUGAAAACUGAUGCAGCCAUAUCUUUAUUGUAACUUAAUGCCCAAAACAUACUCCACAUGUAUGUGGACAGUUUGAGCUAGCAAAUGUCACAUGUUGCAUUUCAAAAUGUCUCCUGACAUUCUAAACAUGACAAGAGUAUGAAGCACAGUUUCAAGAUGGAUGGGCUAUACAGCAGGCAGCUCCAGGACAAAAUGGUAAAUGGACCUGUACUUGUAUAGCGCCUGUCUAGUCUUCUGACCACUCAAAGUGCUUUUACACUACAUGCCACAUUCACCCUUUCACACACAUUCACACAGUGAUGGCAAAGCCCAUCGAACGGAAACUAACUCAUUCAUACACAUUCACAGCAUCGGGAGCAAUGUGUGUUACAAUAUGUUACCUGAGCAUUAUUUUUAAGGUGUAUAGAGUAUGUUUUUGUCUGUUAUCAACCACAGUGCAGAGAGAAUACGACUGCACUUUACUACGCUAUGUGAUUAACGUAAUGUAACGUUGUGAAGAUGGACUACAAAAAGCAGACUUUAGAUACUUUGUACCUGCAUUCUUACUGUGUUGUUUAUCAGCGAUAUACACACAUACAACUACAACUACAAUACAACUCAUUCUGAACCUGAUCAUUAUUUUCAGUAUCUGUGACUUAAGGACAAUAAAAAUAUUUACAGAUUUUGCAACAGUAGUGUCACAUUAAGUGAGAGUUCGCCUAUGGGAUUAACGUAUUGUUGAGAGUUCAAAACAUACAAGAAAAAAGGACAAAAACUUAGAAGUUGAUCUGUCAUAAAAAUCUAAUAAAAAUUAAAGCUGCAAGCAGCGUUGAGCGGGACCUCGCACUCCACACAACUCGGGGCGUGCUGCGGCCGCGUCGCGUUGUUACACGUGCGGACCAAAACAUGAAAUUUCACGUAAAUCAGCUCAAAACUGCCACGCAGUGCUUACUUCCAGUUGCCAGUAGGUGGCGCUAUCACUAUGUCUUAAUAUUGUCAUAUAGAAAAGUUCAGGGCGGGACUCUUAUAACACACGUUUCAUUGAGAUUGGACCACGUACGCUGAAGUUAUGAGGACGUGUUCAGGGCGAGACUGUUACAGAAUAUAUGAAGUUUAUUGGAGAUUGGACAUUGCACACUGAAGUUAUGAGUGCUGUUUUAUGGCGAAUCAGCUGAAUUCAACAAGUCGUCACCGGCACGGUAAUUUCACGUAAAUCAGCUCAAGAUCGCCAUGCAGCGCUUACUUCCUGUUGGCAGUAAGUGGCGCUAUCACUAUGUCUGAAUGUUGUCAUGUAGACAUGUUCAAGGCGAGAGUGUUAUCAAAGACGCGAAGUUUCAUUGAGACUGGACCACGUAUGCUGAAGUUAUGAGGACGUGUUCAGGGCAAAACUGUUUCAGAAUAUAUGAAGUUUAUUGGAGAUUGGACAUUGCACACUGAAGUCAUGAGUACUAUUUUAUGGCGAAUCUGCUGAAAUGGACUAGUUGUCACUGGCACGCGGUUUAAUGUACAGUCACAGCUCAACUUUUCUAUCAGUUUGUAUGACGACAGAAUUCAAAGUGGCCAACUUUGACCUCACGCCACAGACACGCCGUUCAACGUACAGUCUCAAAUAGCACAACUUUUAAUCAGCACCAUUUUAUGACUGUACUGACCAAUUUUGAAGCAGAUCCGAUAAAUUCCCUAGGAGGAGUUUGUUCAAAUACAAGGCAAAAAAUUCACCGAAAAUGUGCACGGAAUUCACUAUGGCCAACUUUUGGACAUUUCACGCUCUAACGAAAAAAAAUUAUAGGCGGAAGUGGGCGGGGCCUAUAUGGGGAGAUUCAGCUCCAUUCACUGAACGCGUGGAUAUAAGGUUUAUGAAUGUGUGACAAACUAUGCAGAAGUUAUUAGCCUAAACACACUUUUUAUGAUAGUAGCGCCACCUAGUGGCCAACCCGAAAGCGACACAUAGAAUAUCCCCAUUUUCACCAGGCCUGACAACUUUGCCAAAUAAAAUUGACUUUUCGUAUAUGUUCAGGGGGGCAAAAAUGCAGUCAAUGGGGGCUAAAAAUAAUAGGUAAGAAGAAGAAAUCGAGCAAAAACAAUAGGGACCGCUGGCUUGGUCCCUAAUUAUAAUUCAUUUGAAAGCCUUGUUCUUAGUCUUUCUCACCCAAACUGGAAAACACUGCAGCCAGUUCUAUUUGUUAUAGUGUACCGCGCUCCUGGACCGUACUCUGAUUUUAUAUCUGAAUUCUCCGAGUUUUUAUCAAGUUUAGUCCUUAAAUCAGAUAAAGUAAUUAUUGUAGGUGAUUUUAAUAUUCAUGUGGAUGUUAACAAUGACAGCCUUAGUAAUGCAUUUAUAUCAUUAAUAGACUCAAUUGGCUUCUGUCAGAGUGUAAAUAAACCAACUCAUUGUUUUAAUCACACUCUUGACCUUGUUUUAUCAUAUGGCAUUGAUAUUGAACAUUUAAUAGUCUUCCCACAUAAUCCUUUCCUAUCUGACCAUUAUUUAAUAACUUUUGAAUUCAUACUAUUAGAUUGUAAGCCAUUAGGCAAAACUUCCUACAGCAGAUGUUUAUCUGACAGUGCUGGAGCUAAAUUUAAGGAGGAGAUUCCUUCAGUGUUUAAUUCAAUGCCAUGUCUGAAUUUAACAGAGUCCUAUAACAACUUUAGUCCCUCUGAAAUUGAUAAUCUUGUUGAUAGUGCUACAGGCUCACUACGAUCAACAUUAGACUCUAUCGCUCCUAUAAAAAGGAAAUUAUUAAAACAUAGGAGACUAGCACUGUUGUACAACCACCAAACCUGCCAGUUAAAGCAAAUAGCUAGGAAAUCUGAAAGGAAAUGGCGCUCUUCCAAAUUAUCAGAGCAGAGCUCAUAGUACCCCAGUUGUGGUUCGGGAGGCAGACACCCUCACCACAUUCAAGAGUAGGCUUAAGACAUUCCUCUUUGAUAAAGCUUAUAGUUAGGGCUGGAUCAGGUGAGUCCUGAACCAUCCCUUAGUUAUGCUGCUAUAGGCCUAGACUAUCUAUGCAUGUUACUAACUUCACUUCUUUCCCGGAGUUCUUGUGCUUUCUCGUCUCGCAGGUUCUUAUCGAUCCUGGUGGAGCCUCCUGCCAUGGUCCUGCUAGAUUGCCAUUGCCAAUACUGUUGUUGCUGUGCACCUGUCUGUCUGUCUCUCUCUCUCUCUCUCUCUCUCUCUCUCUCUCACCCCAACUGGUCGAGACAGACGACCACCCACCUAGAGCCGAAGGAUCUGUCCUAGGUUUCUGCCUUUUAACAGGCAGUUUUUCCUUGCCCUUGUCGCCAAGUGCUUGCUCAUGGUGGUACUGUUGGGUCUCUGUAAAUGAUGUUAUAAAGAGUUCGGUCUAUACCUGCUCUAUUUGAAAAGUGUCCUGAGAUAACUUCUGUUAUGAAUUGGCGCUAUACAAAUAAAAUUGAAUUGAUUUGAAUUGAA